CUUCGAGGCCUUUUUGCAUGUAUAUAUAUAAACGCUCGCCCACCACCUCCACCACACCGUAUUCAGGAAUCCCUCAAAAGAAACACACACUUCCUAUCCAUCACAAGAAAGAUGAGCAGGCCAGGAGAUUGGAACUGCAGGUCAUGCCAGCACUUGAACUUCCAGAGGAGGGACUCUUGCCAAAGAUGUGGGGAGACGAGGUAUGGUGGUGGGGGUGGUGUGUUUGGUGGUAGAGGAAGUAUCAUCAGCCCUUCAGCAUUUGGCUUCACAGGCCCAGAUGUCCGACCGGGUGAUUGGUACUGCAAUGUUGGCAACUGCGGGGCUCACAACUUUGCUAGCCGCUCGAGCUGCUUCAAGUGUGGUGCGUUCAAGGAUGACUUAGCUUGUAGUGGUGGUGGUGGUGGUGGUGGCGUUUUUGAUGGUGAUAUGUCACGUGGCAGGGGUUUCGGGUUUGGUGGAGGAAGUGGUGGUGGAGGUGGUGGCAGCAGCCGUUCAGGGUGGAAGUCCGGUGACUGGAUAUGCGGCAGGCCUGGCUGCAAUGAGCACAACUUUGCAAGCAGAAUGGAAUGUUUUAGGUGCAACGCACCUCGGGAAUCGGGUAACAAGUCUCCUUAUUAAGCAGGUUGCGGCAUUUCCAGUUCCGGGUAUCAUGGACUUGCUAUCUACCAAACAGGAAGAGAGAUAAGUGAUCGAUCAGACAGAAUCAUGAAGAGCAUCCAGUUGAUAGGAAAUUCUAAACUGACCCCCUUUUUGCCCAUAUCAUAAUAUGCAAUCCUAUCUUUGAUUUUUUUUUUUCCUUUUGUUUUAUUUUUAUUUUUUUUUAUUUCAAUAGUAAUGGUCUUUUCGAGCCGCUAGGAGUUUAGGUGAAUCAUGGUUAAUUUAAUUACUACAACUCAUGUUAUAUGGCUGAUUAAUUCCUCAUUAUUAUGUGAGUUUCUUACUUGA